UCUAUCCAAUUCAAUUCCGUUGCUUUCAAAGACAAAUAGAGGAUGAGGACCAAAAUAAAGACGGAGAAGAGAAGUUACUUGCAAAUCAAUGACUGCAGUAAAAGAUCAAUGGCCACUGGCCACACAGCAGCAUGUGGCUUAGCAGAGCGGCAAUUAUUAUAUUUUUUCUCAACAACAGCUUGUUCCGUUAAAAAACUGGAGAGUCGGAUGUUGACUAGAGGCGUUGUAUCAAUGGAACAUGGGUGGCAUGGAAGAACAACCUUGUCAAAGCUCCUUUCUGACAAUCCUCAGCAAUCAUAUUCAACCUAGCUACAAUCAUAUACAGUAGUACAUUUGUCCUCGAUAUUCGGUAGCUCUUAGGCUUGGUUAGAUACUGAGAAUUUCCUAAGUCCCUCAGAGAUGGCCUUGGCACCUACUACAAAGAUAGCCUUGGGGUCCGUUGCUUUUGCCAUCUUCUGGAUCUUAGCCGUUUUCCCUGCAGUCUCCUUCUUACCGAUUGGAAGGACUGCAGGCUCUCUUCUCGGUGCAAUGCUUAUGGUCCUAUUCCGAGUCAUCACACCUGAUGAAGCCUAUUCUGCCAUUGACCUCCCCAUCCUCGGCCUCCUCUUCGGAACCAUGGUCGUCAGCGUCUUUCUUGAAAAGGCCGACAUGUUCAAGUAUUUGGGCAAAUUGCUCUCCUGGAAGAGCAGAGGUGGGAAAGAUUUGAUGUGUCGAAUCUGCAUCGUUUCUGCCAUCUCCAGUGCUCUAUUCACUAACGAUACGUGUUGCGUUGUGCUCACUGAAUUUGUGCUAAAGGUUGCAAGGCAGAACAAUCUGCCACCACAACCUUUUCUUCUAGCCCUUGCUUCAAGUGCGAACAUCGGAUCCUCAGCUACCCCGAUCGGUAACCCACAAAAUUUGGUUAUUGCUGUUCAAAGUGGAAUAUCUUUUGGUCGAUUCUUGUUAGGUAUCCUCCCUGCUAUGCUUGUUGGGGUGCUUGUAAAUAUCAUCAUUCUCCUUUGCCAUUUUUGGAAGCUGUUGUCAACUGAGAAGGAUGAAGAAGCGGCUUCGGAUGUGGCUGAAUUGGUUGUUGAAGAUGAUGUUUCCUCUCAUCGGUUUUCUCCUGCAACAAUGUCACACCUCACUUCUCCAAAUAACCAGGAGCAGCAUAAUUCUGGAAGUGAUGCUAUUAUACGGAGCCCAUCUCUGCACAAGGAGACUCUAAGAAAUAGAAUAGUUUCUACCGAACAUGAUAUACAAUCAAUUGCAAGUGGUGAACUUGACUCUGCAAGAGUCUCUUGUGAUUCAAAGGACGAGGUGACCCAGCAGGGAGAAGAAGUGCCAUCAUCCAUCGGGAGAUCUGUGAUAGAGGGAGACAAUUUCGUGUCUCCACAGGAGAAGGAAGCUUCAACAGAGAGAUGGAAGAAUGUCUUGUGGAAGGCAUGUGUCUAUCUUGUAACACUGGGGAUGCUUGUCGCUCUGCUAAUGGGUCUUGACAUGUCUUGGACUGCUAUAACUGCUGCUCUUGCACUUGUCGUGUUAGAUUUUAAGGAUGCCCGUCCAUGCCUUGAGAAGGUUUCAUACUCACUGUUGAUAUUCUUCUGUGGAAUGUUCAUUACCGUCGAUGGCUUCAAUAAAACUGGCACACCAAGUGCUUUAUGGGACUUCAUGGAACCACAUGCGCAGGUUGAUAGUGCUGCAGGAAUUGCUAUUCUGGCCCUUGUUAUUCUUUUCCUCUCAAAUGUUGCCUCCAAUGUGCCAACUGUUCUCCUGCUUGGUGCAAGGGUGGCAGCAUCAGCAGCAAAAAUAUCUGCAGCCGAAGAGACGAAAGCAUGGCUCAUAUUGGCAUGGGUAAGCACAGUAGCUGGAAAUUUGACCUUAUUGGGAUCUGCAGCCAACUUGAUUGUCUGUGAGCAGGCCCGCCGAGCUCAAUCUUUUGGCUACAACCUCUCUUUCUUCACCCAUUUGCGAUUUGGGGUCCCAUCGACACUCGUCAUCACAGCAAUUGGCUUGCUGCUCAUCACAGCAUACUGA